AUGGACUCUGAAUCCAAUAGAUCAUUCACCAUUUUACCUUCUUUGGACCUGCUCUUUGUGGUCUGGGGAUGGAAGGAAUCAGAUAAGUCCCUUCUUCUGGGAAGGGAGGGGGUCCAGACCAGGGAUCUCCUUGUAUCUGGAACUCUGGGACCCCAGAGCUCUCUACAUCCCCUUGGCCAGAAGUUCUUUGGCAUCUGUAGAGUCCCACUGGUAUCUCUGGGGAAAUUAGGUAGAGUCACCCAAGAUCUACCAUUGAUGCCACCUCAAGGUGAGGCAAAGCCCAAAAAGGCUGCAGGGAAGGAUAAAUCUUCAGACAAAAAGGUGCAAGCAAAAGGGAAGAGGGGAGCCAAAGGCAAACAGGCGGCCGCAGCUGAGCAGGAAACAAAAGAAGACUUACCUGCGGAGAACGGAGAAACCAAGGGCCAGCAGAGUCCCGACUCCGAUGCAGCUGGAGAGAAGCCAAAUCUGAAUGACACCAUGUCCGCACACGCCCAUCACCCGUCUCCUCACUUCUUGUACAAUCCAGAGGAAUAUUUUUAUCAGCUAUUUUGUAAAUGCAAGUUUUUUAGUAGCUCUAGAAACAUUUUUAAGAAGGAGGGUGUCCCACCUCAUCCCAUUUUGUAAGUAUAAAUGCUUUUUUUUUUUUUUAAGAGGUUAAAAUCCUUUACUAGUUGCUUAUUUUUGGCUACAACCAGGAAUUAGUGGGAUUAUUGGGUACGGGAGGCUUUGAAUGUCUUGGGUGUCAACUUAACAUUCCACAGGUGAGGGCAGUUUU